UAGUAUUUUUCCUGCUGAUGGUGUGCUGCAAAGUUACUAUUGUUUUGUGAAACUUACGUAGAUCUGAUGUUUCUACUUUUGAAGCUCACCAUACGAAAGUUGUUGUAUUUUUCUUUCUUUUUCUUUUGUUAUCUUGAUUUGGCACAAGCAAUUCGCAUUCCAAUACUCCCCGUUACUUUUCCCAGUAAGGUGCUAAUUGCAUGUUUACCAUCAAAAAGUACAAAAGAAAAUUUGCCGCUGACGUGAAAAAGACAUGAGAAUUCCGAAGACAUUAUCUUGAUUUGGCACAAGCAAUUCGCAUUCCAAUGCUCCCGGGAUCCCAAUUACUUUUCCCAGUAAGGUGCUAAUUUUUUCCCAGUAAGGUGCUUUCUAUUAUUAUUAAUUGCAUGUUUACCAUCAAAAAGAACAAGAGAAAAUUUGCCGCUGACGUGAAAAAGACAAGAGUUCUUCCGAAGACAUUAUAUAUUUGGUUGGUUCUGUGUCCUCACAUAGCUUCUCUUUUAUCGAUCCAGGGAGAUCGAGUGCGCGGCAGGGCGUUUGCACGGCACAAUGUUGAGAGGGCUGGCCUUCAGGUACCAUCCCCUGUUCGGGAAAUGCCUCCUACUUCCCCCACCGACAUGGACACUUCUGCCCUCUCUGACGAUUUUGGCGACAUGUCAUUGGAGAUUGACGACGUCAUGGCCAUGGAACCGGAGGAGGAGCCUGGCACGCCCGCCCCUGGAGAGGAGAUCGCACCUCCAAGAAGGGGAAGAAGAAACGCGGCCCCGGGUAGGAGAGGCAGGCGGAGACACACGCCUGCCUUAUCCACCAAUCAGCAAGUUGCCACCAUACAGCAGCUGAGAGAAAGGAGGAGGACGAGAUUGCAGGACAAGGUCCAUGCCAUGACUCUUGAGGAGUUGAGGGCCCUUGUCCUCAAGAUGGUUGAUAAGCGGCCAGCUGUUGUCCUGGACAUCAUUGAUGUUGACAUGCAGAGGGAGGCUGCUGAGGAGGCUGCAGUUGGAGGUGCUGCAGGUGGGGGAACAGACGGAGGCAGAGGUGCUGCAGGUGGCGUUGCUGCAGGUGGCGGUGCUGCAGGUGGUGCUCCAGGUGGCGUUGCUGCAGGUGGUGCUCCAGGUGCCGGUGCUGCAGGUGGUGCUCCAGGUGGCGGUGCUGCUGCAGGUGGCGGUGCUGCAGGUGGUGCUCCAGGUGGCGGUGCUGCAGGUGGUGCUCCAGGUGGCGGUGCUGCUCCAGGUGGCGUUGCUGCAGGUGGUGCUCCAGGUGGCGGUGCUGCAGGUGGUGCUCCAGGUGGCGGUGCUGCAGGUGGUGCCCCAGGUGGCGGUGCUGCAGGUGGAGGUGGCCAUGGGUUGGAGUGGUGCACCUGUCACCACUGCCGAGAGAUGCCCACAGAUCAGGAGAGGAUCUGUUGCGGUGGGGGGCCAGACUCCUGUGUUUCUACACUUCAUUCUUGUAAUCUUUCUCAUCUUUUUCAGGACAUGGACCUGUACAUCUUGGACCCUGGUACCCUCUGGUUUGCCAGGAACUACAGGAAUGACAUGCUGGCACUACAAGAUGCCCAAGAGCCUGGGGCCGACAACAGAGAAUUCAGGCACGCUGCCUACAGGCACUACGUCUUGUGGCAGUACGGAAGGCUGGGAGAGGGGAACAGGGUGGUGAUCCCUAGCUGUUGUGUCUGGAGGAUUAGGGACACCUACCCUGACCCCCACAACCACUACACUGGUUACAUUGCCAACAGGCUCUAACCAGACGUAAUGCCCAACCUUUUCUACAAU